UGUACUCUGCAGUCCGGAGGCUUCGGCACUCGGAGCCACUCGCUGCUCUGCUCGGCGCCGUCGUCGUGGCAGCUGCGCGGGCGGCGCACCGGCGCGGCUGAGGGGCCACGUCCUCUCCCCCUCCCCUCCCCCCUCUCUCCGGCCUCCACCGCCGCCCCCCUCGUGAGUAAUUGGAACUUGAAAUGGCAGACGAGGAGCAUGCUCCCACCUCUAGGAAGAGGGUUGCAGGUACCCAGAUCAACAAGGAUAAUCCUGAGCCUGAUGAGGACUCAUCGGAGCAAGAGAUGGGGACAUUUAAGAAGGCUAGUGAGGAAGUGAUGGCAACCCGAAGAAUUGUAAAGGUUCGACGCCAGCAGCCCUCAUCAGCUCCUUCUUCUAAUCCUUUCUCUGCAAUCAGAUUUACCCCCAGUGAUGCUAGCGCCCAAGCAACUAUCCCCAUCUCAGAGCCUCAACCUUCUGAUGUCAUGGCAGCAAAUGUAAAAGAUAGUUGCUCUAGUGAGAAAGCUGAUGAGGGAAGCAAUGGCAGUGGAAAAGAUACUUUAUCCAUAACUGACAAGAGUGCAGGUUCUAGUGAGGUAGCUGAGAAAGAAAAUGAUGAAUUGGCUGUGAAAGAAUUGGAUGAGAAAACCAAGUCCAGUGACCCAACUGAACCACCGCCUCAACCUGUUGAGACCAAUGACGAAUCAAAAGACACGGGAGAUGGAUCUGGUGAAGACAAAGUGGUGGUUGGAGAGGUCAGGGAAGAUAACAGCAAGGCUUUUGAUGUCGAGGACAAAACAGCAAAAGAGGGAGAUGCUGAAGAAAAGAAUGGAGUAAAUGAAGCUGGAGCUGAAGACAAAAUCAGCAAGGUUGAUGCCGAGAAGAAAGAUGGAGAUGAAUCGGAGGCAAAGGCCGGAUCAUCUGAGGAGCAGAAGGAUGCUGAUAACAAGGGGCAGUCAUCAUCACCAACACCCCUUUUCUCUUUCAAGAAUCUGUCAAGUGGCCAAAAUGCCUUCACGGGACUGGCGGGAACUGGAUUUUCAGGUUCUUCAUUUUCAUUUGGAUCAGGCUCUAAAGAAAGUUCAAGUGCACCCCUGUUUGGGGUAAAGACUGAUGGCUCAUCAUUCCCAUCUUUUAAUAUUGGUGCCUCGAAUAAUGGGACUUCCUCCCCUGCACUUGCUACUUCGGCAGAAGCUCCCAAGAAAUUUGCUAUGCCAGAGGGCCCUGUCGAAACUGGUGAAGAGAAUGAGAAGGCUAUCUUCACCGCGGACUCUGCAUUGUAUGAAUACUUGGAUGGGGGUUGGAAAGAAAGAGGAAAAGGGGAACUGAAGUUAAACAUCCCAGUAUCUGGUGGUGAGAGAUCUCGUCUUGUCAUGAGAACCAAGGGCAAUUACCGGCUGGUUCUUAACGCAAGCCUUUACGACGACAUGUCACUGAAGGACAUGGACAAGAAGGGCGUGACGUUUGCAUGUAUGAACAGCAUCGGCGACUCGCAGAGCGGACUUGCCACAUUUGCUCUGAAGUUCAGGGACACCGGCAUCAGGGAGGAGUUCAAAGCUGCGGUGGAGAUGCACAAGGCGAGAAAGGCGUCGGACACUCUCAAGACACCCGAGAACUCCCCAAAGGCAUCAGAUGAUUGAAGGCUUGAAGCCGCACACUCGCAGUCCAGGAAGGUGGGGAGCUAAUACGCUUCUUGGUUCUUUUGGGGGGAGUUUUAUUUAAGUAACAUACCCGUACCAUGGCACGAUGCUGUCUUGAGAUGUUGCGCUCUCAUACGGUUUCCUGUCGCUGUUUUUGGAACAGUGGGUGGGUAGAGUCCUGUGAAACUUUGAAUUGAAAGUCUUAAAAAUCUUAGUAAGUGGAGAGAGAGAGAGGAGACUCUUUUGGCCUAUAGGUUAGCCUUUGCACUGUGACCCCAGUGGACACUCACUUGAGGGAGAG